GCCAAAUUUUUCUUCGUCGACCUGCCUCUUCCUUUGGCUCUCUUCAAUGGCGUUGAGCUUUCCCCUCACUGCUGCAUCUCAGAUGGCAAGCUUAGGGCCUCGCCCUCCUCAGUUCUCCGAGGAUGUAGCUUGGCUUCCUUCUUGGUUUCAGAAUCUCAGAACAGAUGGAUCUUAUGAAUGUGAGAAGGAGUCCUACAUUCACCCCAGUGAAAAAGUAAAGGAUCUGGCAGUUUCUCAAGAAAAUCUUGGUGAGGGUAAAGACAUUAAUGCACUUUCCAGGGAAGAUGGGUACAAAAGCUGCCAUUUGUUCUUAUCUGGAGAAGAUAAUUCUCCCACUAGUCUUUUUUCAUCUCCAGGAAACGUAUUGCCCUUUAGUCUGCACCUUUCAGAUGUCGAUUCACUGUUUUCUCCAACCCAGGGUUUGAAUGCAUCUGAUAACUUAGUUACAUCAAGUAAAGUUCUGUCAGUGCAACCAACUAAAAAUUCUAUUGAUUUUGGAGAGAACCUGCAUUCUAUGAGGGGUAACCAUGCCUCUGAGCAGAAUAUGUUGCCUUGUUUCAUUCCUGCAACAGUGAAAAUGGAUGGUCCUAAAUGUCCUUCUGAUAACGUUGAUUCUGCUCGAAAACAGAGAGAAAAAUCCAAUGUCACAAGCUUCAAAAAUUCUGAUAUCAGUAAUGCAGUUGAACUUUCUAUUGCAGCGUCUGAGGCACUGGUCAUACAUGAAAUAGUAAAAAUGGAAUCAGUUUCAGAAACAUAUCCUGCUGAAGCUGUACUUGAAGUAGCCCUCCGUGUGAAGCAGGCUAGGCUUGAUGGGUUGGAAGAUGGCUUCCACUCUUCAAAUGAGGAUUCUGAUUGGAGUGAUACUCUUUCUGAUUUGAAUGAUUUUAAUAUGGAAGAUGCUUAUGAAGAUGUGGGGUUACCUUCCGGCAGCUUCCUUGAGGAACAUCACAGUUUAGCCAUGACUCAAGUAAAAGAUAUAUCUGAUGCUGCAAACUAUCAUGAUUGUGAUAAUAAACUUGGAGAGCAUAUAUCUCAGCUUGUAAAUUUAGAUGACAAUUCAGCAAAGAAACAUUUAGAAGUCAAUGCAGAGAUGGAGUUGCAGCAAAACGAAACCUCACCUGUACAUUCUAUAUGUUGUGAGAGGGAUAAGCAUUCUGAUAACCCUGGUUUGGGUCAUAUCUGCCAUCAUUUUGUACAGCAUACUUCCAAUGUUUCUGCCCUAAACCAGGCAGUUGGUCCAGCUGAUUUAACUUCAAACAGACUCCAAAACAGUGUCAAAUCUUCACUUGUCGGAAAUUCCAGAAAAACGAUUUUGGAAAAUUACUUGGCUCCUGACAGAUUUAAAAGCCGCUGGUUAGGUGGGUGGACAAGUGAGGAAUCGGAUCCAUCCCCAUUCAACCAGAAAAAUGCAGAACUUAAUUAUAAGUUUCUCAUCAGGGAGACGAGCUUUCUUUCCGAAUCUGCUGAUGAUGUUCCGGAUGAGAGUUCUUGUGUGCAACGAGAUGGUGGAACUGGUUCUCAAUUAAGCAUACCUUCUGAAACCUUACCCAAAGCUGAUGAGGACAUAUUGCAUUGUCAAAAUGUGGCCAAAUGCUCUAAUCUAUCACUUGAUGAUCCUCUUUGUUCAGUUGUUCCAUGUAGCAUUCCUUCAGAACUAACCAAUUCCAAACCUGAGAGUCAGGAUAUUGAUAAUGAUAUAAAUGUUCCCGCCAUUCCUGAAUUUGAAGUUGACAAUUUUCAGAGGACCUCAGAUCAUAAUGUUGUAUUAGGAAAUAGAUAUGAGCAAAUAAUGUCUUCACCAGACGGCGAAGAUAUGGUUCAACAAACGCCUCAGACGUUGACUAGUGUUGCUCAGAACAGUCGGAAACAGUUGAAGUCCCUUAAGACUUAUAGCAUGGUUGGCCCCAAUCAAUCUCUUAUCCAAAAAUGCAACCAGACACUACUGCCAACUAAUCAGCGGACGGGUGUUGCUGCACUUUCAGAUGAAAGGAGUUCUAAGGGUCUCCCUGCAUCCAAGUUCACAGAUGGAAGCAAAAUUGUGCAAAAUCAUGAACUCUUUGAUAAUCGCCGGUCAAAUAUAGAAAUGGGAAGUGAGAAGAGAAUCGAUGACUUAAAGGAAGCAAAUAAGAUUUCCAUUCCAGUGGAAUCAUCAGAAGAGAGGGCAUCAACUUCCAUUCUAAAUGGUAGGAUACAGCACUCCUUGCUGGAUCCGGAGGUUGUUGGGAAUGAUAUCAAUGUAGAGAAACAUCCAAACAAGCAUGUAACUCCGAAGUCUUCUGUUCAGAAUCAACAGAACAAACACCUUAAUGAGUUACAAGCUGAGUGCAAUGAAUUCCGUGAUGGAUAUGUCGGAGUCAAAAAGCAAGUACGUUUUUCAGAGGCAGAGGAGCGGCUUCAUCCGAAAAGGACUCUCUCGAAGUUGGAAUCUUCAUAUGAAAAAAGUUCGUCUGUCAGAGCGAAAAGAAGAAAAACUUCCAAGCCAUUGACAAAUUUUGUGCCUCAUAUGAAACAUUCUCUAACAAAUUAUUGCAGAAAGGUAAGGACGAAAUAUAUAUUUCAAGGCACUGAAUUCCUGCUCACUGGAUUAUCUAGUCAGAAGGAAAGAGACAUGGAAGCACUUAUAAGAAAUUCUGGUGGGGUGGUCCUAUCUGACAUUCCGUCUCCUCCAAUUUCGAGGAGAAAGAGAAGUUCUUCAUUCUCUCGCCUACAACUUCCUGUUGUUCUUUGCAUGAGAAUGCUGCAAACCGCCAAAUUCUUGUAUGGAUGUGCUGUCGGAGCCUCAAUACUAAAAGUUGAUUGGCUCACUGAUUGUAUUGCUGCUGGAACUAUUGUACAACCUGGGAAAUACAUGAUUCUUCAAAAUCGGAGUGACAUGAAGUUAACCGUAACAAGAAGGCCAGUUCGUGAUAGUAACCAAAAGCCAAUUUUUGAGAGAGCAGGGUUCAUGCUACAUGGCAAGCAUAAUUUCUGCACCAAAUUGGCAAGUGUUAUCAAGCAUGGAGGUGGACAGGUAUUCAAAACCCUUCACUGGUUAGUUAGGAGCAUUGAUGAAGGAAGGAUUUCUGUGGGAGCUAUUAUUGCAGAAAAUAAACCUUCUAUAUCACGUCACUUGAAAUACUGUGCCUCGGAGAAGGGCAUUCCUAUUAUGCCUUUUAGUUGGAUCAUUAAGAGCUUGUAUUCAGCGGAGCUACUUCCUUUCACAGAAGAAAAUCGUCCACUUCCAUUGCCAAUUGCUAAUGUACUAGAAGUUCCAGAUUCUUUGGAUAUGAGUGAAGAAAUAUAGUAGUGCUUCUGCAGCAGCAAUUUACUAGAUUUUUCAGAUAUGAAAUUAGUGGUGAUUGUUGAGUACACUUCAAAGCGGUGUUGGUUUUAGCAGAAGAGACUAUAGCUCUUGGACAUCCAGCUCAGCUCAAAUCUGGAAAAAGUCGGGUUGCAAUAUGGUUUAAAAUACCAGAUGCUUUGUCACCAAGAGGGGCAAAAGCCAAGAAGAAGAUGCAUCCAAGCAGGAUCCUCAUCCUUUACAAGUCAAACUGAAGCCUCAUCAUGUCACUUCACAUUUUUAUCCAUGAGGUAUUUACCCCAUGUUGUUCCCGUCAAGAUCCAAGAUUAAUCUAUGGAAGGAAUCUUCGUCAAGUUCAUAAACUUUUCUGCUUCCAGACACUUAAAAGGACUGCCAUUCCUUCCUCAAAUGCUCUGGAUUCACAACCUAAAAAAGUUCUGCUCUGUUAAUUUUUAGCAAGCAAUAAGAAAACCUGGCAGUCCGUCAAAUCCAAACCAAGAAG